GUUAGAGUUAGACGGAUUAAACAGUCGAACGAACAAUCGUUGCGACUUUUCGAACUUUAUCGCAAUUCUUCAACAUCCCACCACCGACUUUUGGCCAGUAAGAUUCUUACGAGUAAAACUCAAUUGAAUUGAUAAUGGCGUUACUCCAAUAUAGAAACGUCGUCGACUACGAGGCGCAACAAGCCGCCUUUGGGAGUUUCCUGGAAAAGUUCAAGACUUCGCCAGAGCAAACUCUAACGCAUGCUAUCGGUCAGAUUAAUAUCGACGAAGAUGAUUUAAGUGACGAGUACGAUUUUAUGGACGAAGAUGACGAAGCGCAUGAGCGACGGCGAAAAGAGAAAGCUUCGGCACGAUUGCCAAAGCACAAAUAUGCCGAUAUGAUGCAGAAGCUGGCAGAUCGCACAAUCGACGAGGCUUUAAUAGAAUUGGAUGAUAUUGUUUCCUGGGAGAAUGACACAAAUGAAGGACUAAAACUUGUCGAGUCCAUCGAGUCGAAUACCAAACACUACGUCGAAAUCCUCUCUAGAGCUAUUGACAACAAAUUGCCCGCCCCUACAAAUGGCAUCACAUUCAAAGACGAUGUUCUAGACGUGAUUAUGGAAAGAAGACAAGCCCGAAACCGAGACCUUGCCGAGGCUGCUGCUAACAACAACAACCCGGAAUUGCUCGAGUCUACCUUUCCCUCUCAGCUCACGAGACGGUACACGCUUGUUUUCAAGCCGAGGACAUCGACCAGCGAGAAACCAGUGAAAGCACUCGCUGUUCGACAAGUACGAGGAGACCACCUCGGUCACCUUAUUACUGUUCGUGGUAUUGCAACCCGAGUUUCAGAUGUGAAGCCUAUCGUACAAGUCGGCGCAUAUACCUGUGAUCGUUGCGGAUGCGAGAUCUUCCAGCCUGUCAAUGAUAAGCAAUUUGCGCCCCUUACUAGCUGCCCAUCACAAGAAUGCAAGGAAAACCAGUCCAAGGGCCAACUCUUCCAGUCCUCGCGCGCAUCCAAGUUUCUACCUUUCCAGGAAGUUAAAGUUCAAGAAUUGGCAGAGCAAGUACCUAUUGGUCAAAUUCCACGAACUCUUACUGUCAUGUGCUACGGAAGCGCAGUCCGCCAAAUCAGCCCCGGAGAUGUUGUGGAUAUUUCCGGAAUUUUCCUCCCUACUCCAUACACCGGCUUUCAGGCGAUGCGAGCUGGUCUUCUGACCGAUACAUAUGUCGAAGCACACCAUAUCGUCCAGCACAAGAAGGCAUAUGAAGAGAUGAUAAUUGAUGACAAGCUGCUGAGACGUAUCAACACUUUUAGCCAGUCGGGUACUGUAUAUGAGAUGUUAGCAAAAUCUAUUGCUCCUGAAAUUUUUGGUCACUUGGAUGUCAAGAAGGCUCUUCUCUUACUUCUUGUUGGUGGUGUCACGAAGACGAUGGGCGACGGCAUGCGGAUCCGUGGUGAUAUCAACAUCUGCUUGAUGGGUGACCCCGGUGUUGCCAAGUCCCAGUUGUUGAAGUAUAUCUCUAAGGUUGCCCCCCGUGGCGUCUACACAUCGGGUCGUGGUUCCAGUGGUGUCGGUCUUACCGCUGCCGUAAUGCGCGAUCCUGUAACUGAUGAGAUGGUACUCGAAGGUGGUGCCUUAGUUCUAGCCGACAAUGGCAUCUGCUGUAUUGAUGAAUUCGACAAGAUGGAUGAAAACGACCGUACCGCCAUCCACGAAGUCAUGGAACAGCAGACUAUCUCAAUUUCUAAAGCCGGUAUCUCGACGACUCUAAACGCCAGAACCUCAAUCCUUGCCGCCGCCAAUCCUAUCUACGGCCGUUAUAACCCACGCAUAUCACCCGUUGAGAAUAUUAAUUUACCGGCAGCCCUGCUCUCACGUUUCGAUGUCUUGUUCUUAUUACUUGAUACACCAACCCGCGAAAGCGACGCACAGUUGGCUAAACACGUAGCAUACGUUCACAUGCAUAGCAAACAUCCCGACCUCUACGCAACCUCCAACGAUGGCGACGGCGCAGCACAGCAGCCGAAUAUUGUGUUCACCCCACACGAGGUGCGCGCGUAUGUAGCACAGGCUCGCACAUACCGACCAACCGUACCAGAAACCGUCACAGAGUACCUAACCAAGACGUACGUGCGCCUACGUGAUGCCCAGCGCCGCGCCGAGAAAAAGAACAAACAAUUUAGCCACACUACCCCUCGAACGCUACUAGGUGUAGUCCGUUUAGCACAAGCACUAGCCCGACUUCGGUUCGAUACCGAGGUCAACCGUGACGAUGUAGAUGAGGCGCUAAGAUUGAUGGAAGCUAGCAAGGAAAGUCUCGCGGCGCACGAAGGCGCAGGUAGCAGAAGGACGCUCAACGCUGCUAGCCGUAUUUACAACUUGGUCAAAUCGCUAGCAGAUAGCGGCGCGUGUAGAGCUGAUGAUGACGAUGAUGACGGCGAGGAGGGUACGGUAGAGCUGAGCCUGCGCAAGGUACGCGAACGUGUCUUGGGCAAGGGGUUUACGGAAGAUCAAUGGAUAGCUGCGUUAGAGGAAUACGCGAACCUUGAUGUCUGGCAAACCGCUGGCAAUGGAAGUAGAUUGGUAUUUGUCGCCGCGACUGAUAAUGCUGGAGAUGAGGAUGAUGAGUAAGGAAAUCGAUUGCAUAUGCCGAUAUGAGAGUCAGGACAUACUGAGUUCUUGUCCUUUAAUGAAUCAUGGCGUGGAAGUAAGGGGGUGAAAACGAGCCACGGCGUUACGGAUCCGGGAUCGCGAUUAGCACGAAGAUGAUGAAUGAGGUGUUUAUGCUAGAGACGUUUGUUUAUUCCACCGACCUCUUCGUCGGGUUGCUUGAUCUAGAUUAGGAAUAAGAAACCUUUUAAAAA